UCUCAUUAAGGCGAGUGUGUUCCUCUCGCCCUGUCAAUAAUCUCCGCUCCCAGACUACUCCGUUCCUCCGGAUUUCGAUCCCCCUUUUUCUAUCUGUCAAUCAGCGCCGCCUUUGAACUGAAAAGCUCAGUCUAACUUCAACUCACUCAAAUCCGAGCGGCACGAGCUCCUUCGGUGUCUUCGGCUUCCCCCCCCCUUUGCUCUUAUAUCUGACUUCUUGUUGUUGUUGUUUUUUUUUUUUACCCCCCUUUUUUAUUUAUUAUUAUUUUUUUUUUUGCACAUUGAUCGGAUCCUUGGGAACGAGAGAAAAAAAGAAACUCAAACUCACGCGUGCAGAAGAUCUCCCCCCUUCCCCUCCCCUCCUCCCUCUUUUCCCCUCCCCAGGAGAGAAAGACCCCAAAGCAGGAAAAAAAGUUAACCUUGGACUCGUCUUUUUCUUGCAGUAUUUUUGGGGGGGACUUGCAAAACUUUUUUUUUUUUUUUUUGCUUUUCUUCCUUCUUCAUUUUUCUUCCAAAAUUGCUGCUGGUGGGUGAAAAAAAUGCCGCAGCUGAACGGCGGUGGAGGAGAUGACCUAGGCGCUAACGACGAACUGAUCUCCUUCAAAGACGAAGGCGAGCAGGAGGAGAAGAACUCGGAGAACUCCUCGGCGGAGAGGGAUUUAGCCGAUGUCAAGUCCUCGCUGGUCAAUGAAUCAGAGACGAAUCAAAACAGCUCCUCCGAUUCCGAGGCGGAAAGACGGCCUCCGCCUCGCUCCGAAAGUUUCCGAGAUAAAUCCCGGGAAAGUUUGGAAGAAGCGGCCAAGAGGCAAGAUGGAGGGCUCUUUAAGGGGCCACCGUAUCCCGGCUACCCCUUCAUCAUGAUCCCAGACCUGACGAGCCCCUACCUCCCCAACGGAUCGCUCUCGCCCACCGCCCGAACCCUCCAUUUUCAAUCGGGCAGCACUCAUUACUCUGCGUACAAAACGAUUGAACACCAGAUUGCAAUUCAGUAUCUUCAGAUGAAAUGGCCACUGCUCGAUGUCCAAGCAGGAAGCCUCCAGAGCAGACAAGCCCUCAAGGAUGCCCGUUCGCCAUCGCCAGCACACAUCGUCUCGAACAAAGUACCGGUGGUGCAACACCCCCACCAUGUCCACCCACUCACGCCUCUCAUCACGUACAGCAAUGAACACUUCACCCCGGGAAAUCCACCUCCGCACUUACCAGCUGACGUAGACCCCAAAACAGGAAUUCCACGGCCUCCGCACCCUCCAGAUAUCUCUCCAUAUUACCCACUGUCGCCUGGCACCGUAGGACAAAUCCCCCAUCCGCUAGGAUGGUUAGUACCACAGCAAGGUCAGCCUGUGUACCCAAUCACGACAGGAGGAUUCAGACAUCCCUACCCCACAGCGCUGACAGUCAACGCGUCUAUGUCUAGCUUUCUGUCUUCUAGGUUCCCUCCCCAUAUGGUCCCUCCCCAUCACACUCUGCACACGACUGGCAUCCCCCACCCGGCCAUCGUCACACCAACAGUCAAGCAGGAAUCCUCACAGAGUGACGUCGGCUCGCUACACAGCUCAAAGCAUCAGGACUCCAAAAAGGAAGAAGAGAAGAAGAAGCCUCACAUAAAGAAGCCCCUUAAUGCAUUCAUGCUGUAUAUGAAGGAGAUGAGAGCGAAGGUGGUUGCGGAAUGCACGUUGAAAGAGAGUGCGGCCAUCAACCAGAUCCUUGGGCGCAGGUGGCAUGCCCUGUCCAGGGAAGAACAGGCAAAGUACUACGAGCUGGCCCGGAAGGAACGACAGCUUCACAUGCAGCUGUACCCUGGCUGGUCUGCACGGGAUAACUAUGGGAAGAAGAAGAAGAGAAAAAGAGACAAGCAGCCCGGGGAGACCAAUGAACACAGCGAGUGUUUCCUAAAUCCUUGCCUUUCGCUUCCUCCGAUCACAGACCUGAGCGCUCCUAAGAAAUGCCGAGCGCGCUUUGGCCUUGAUCAACAGAAUAACUGGUGCGGCCCCUGCAGGAGAAAAAAAAAGUGCGUUCGCUACAUACAAGGUGAAGGCAGCUGCCUCAGCCCACCCUCUUCAGAUGGAAGCUUACUAGACUCACCUCCCCCCUCACCGCAUCUGCUAGGCUCCCCUCCCCAAGAUGCCAAGUCACAGACUGAGCAGACACAGCCGCUCUCGCUGUCCCUGAAGCCUGAUCCUCUGGCCCACCUGUCCAUGAUGCCUCCGCCACCCGCGCUCCUGCUGGCCGAAGCUGCCCACGGCAAGGCCUCUGCCCUCUGCCCCAACGGGGCCCUGGACCUGCCACCCGCCACUCUGCAGGCGUCCAUGGUCUCUUCCUCAUCCCUGGCACAACCAUCAACUUCUUCCUUACAUUCCCACAACUCGCUGGCUGGGACGCAACCCCAGCCUCUGUCUCUGGUGACCAAGUCUUUAGAAUAGCUCCGCCUCCUCGUCCUCCACGCCCCUGCUUGAUUGAAGUGUUUCCUUCUGGUUCUUGGUUCGCCCUUCCCGGCUUGGAAAGCUUUUGUUUUGUACUCUUUAAUUUUGUGCCGCCGUGGCUACAUGAGUUAAUGUUUAUGGAGUUCAUUGGUCAAUAUUUGACCCAUUCUUAUUUCAAUUUCUCCUUUUAAAUAUGUAGAUGAGAGAAACCUCAUGAUUCUACCAAAAUUUUUAUCAACAGCUGUUUAAAGUCUUUGUAGCGUUUAAAAUAUAUAUAUAUAUACAUAACUGUUAUGUAGUUCGGAUAGCUUAGUUUUAAAAGACUGAUUUAAAAAACAAAAAGAAAAAAAAGAGAGAGAAGCAAUUUGAAGCACCCUCCAGAAGGAGUUGGUUCUGUAUUAUUUGUAUUAAAUACGAGCUUGCGAACCAAUCACUUUACACCUUGGUAUUUAAACCACGAGGGCACAGUGAAUGCAGUGCCGUUUCUUUCUUUCUUUUUUUCUUUUCUUUUUUCUCCCGUGUGAAACAACUUUUAUCGUGAUGUUACUUGUUAUUGUUUAAAUGUACAGAAACAAAGGGUUAAAAUGUGUUAAUAUACCUUGUUCCAUGGUGUUGUUCUUUUGGGGGGGAGGGGACACUACUCAACAAUGAAUGGAAUCAACACUGUUGGACCAGUAGUAUUUAUUGCUUUAGAGGCUGCUUGUUGUACCUGUACGUCCGUCCAAUUUUAAAUAUGUUUUCCUUUUUUUGAAACUGUAUAAAGUUCCCCCCCUUAGCAUAAGCAUCUUAUAUAUAACAACUCAUUUGUACAAGGUUUUUAAGUUUAUAUAUAAAAUGUGUAUAUAUUUUUUUGUUUCCUUUUUUUUUGACUUUCGUUCGUUCGUUUGUUUGUUUCUGUAUAAAACCCAGAUGCCACCAAAUGGACAUUGAUAGUUGCAUUAAGGAUCAGUAGCAUUAACAAAAGUUGCUUUAAAAGCCAUUAUGUAAAACAAGACUUGACAAGACUUGAACAUUAGUGAGAGGGUCUGAGCAGCCGUGGGAACUGCCCCGUUUCCCCCUUGAUCUCCUAGUCAAUUACCCUGUGCUCUUAGAACAUGGACUGACCGUGUGCAAAACUUUUAUGUGCCAAAAUUCUCAGUGACUUUAGCUUUCUCCCUCCUUUUUGAUGCUGUACUUUCUGUUCGCCAUGUUUUGCUGUGAUGUUACAUAGAUAGAUUUGUAUGUAGUUUUAAUGUCACCUAUAACAAAAUGUGUUUGGUAGCAGACUGUCCAGAAAGCAUUUUAAAUGAAGAGGUCUAAACCCUUAAGGGCCAAAAAUCCUGUACAUUAGAUUACUCUUAAAUGAAAAAGAAAAAAAGAAAAAAAAACCAGCUGCCGCUUUUAUGUACGCUUAUUACAUACAAGUAGGUAGUGAACUUUAAAAACAAGGAAACCUAGGCAUGCUGAUGUUGUAAACUGCUGUAUAAAGCUGAGACCUGUUCCUUCAGUGCCAUCGUAGUUGACAUGAAGCAAUUGUAAAACUGUCUCCGGUUUUCUCUGGUUUAUUAAAAUGCUAACUAUAACUUUUUUUUUUGUGAAUACUUUGAAUGUUUCCUAACAGUUGUGGUGUUACUGUUCUGUUCGAUGCUUAUCCCGAGUUCAUUUUUGAAUGGUUUGGAAGCCAUUUUGUAAUGAAUAAAUGUCCAUGCUGUACAGUAUCUGUAGCAUGCCGUUCUGGAUUAAUAAAAGCAACUUAGUAUGUGCAGAAA